CUUGUGUUUGGAACGAGCCCUCGGCAUUGCAGCCGAACUGCCGAUAGAGGUCAUGGCUUGGUCCCGGCGCUCGGCUUGGCUUCGGCCGCUGCUGUUCUUGACCGGCCUUUGCUUGUUGCCGCAGGUGUGCACAUUCCUGGCGCCAGCUGCCCCUGUGUCGCCGCCAGGCCGGUUCGGGCUGGUGGCCCAGCCUGGGAGCCCCUCGCGCAUCCCGCUGAGAGCAGAAGAGGCAGCAUCCAGCGGGGGGGAAAAGACGGAGGGCAAGAAGUUCGACUUUGUGCUGUUGGCCUACUUUGCCCUGUGGUACUUGGGCAACUACUACUACAACAUCACAAACAAGCGGGCGCUGACGGCCGCAGGAGGCGUACAUGGCUUUCCCAUGACGAUCGCCACCAUGCAGCUGGGCGUGGGCUGCCUCUGGGCGCUGCUGCUCUGGGGCUACCCGGACGCACGGAAGCUUCCGAAGCUCACCACGGAGGACUACACCAAGACGCUGAUUGUGGGGGGCACUUCCGCAGGUGCACAUGCGGCCUCGGUCUUCGCGCUGAAUGCCGGGGCUGUUUCCUUUGGGCAGAUCGUCAAGGCGGCGGAGCCUGCCUUUGCUGCACUCAUCGGGGUGCUCUUCUACAGCUCGAAGGUGAGCGUGGGGAAGUGGCUGUGCCUGAUCCCUGUGAUUGGUGGAGUGGUCUUGGCGUCCCUGGGGGAGACGAGCUUCGCCUGGGCUGCGCUGGUCACGGCGGCCAUGGCCAACGUCUUCGCGGCCUUCAAGGCCAACGAGAACAAGAAGCUAAUGGGCACCGAGGGCCUCAAGGACCGCAUGGGCGGCGUGGGCAACCAGUUCGCUAUCACGAUGAUCAACUCCUUCCUCUUCUGCCUAGUGGUGAUGUGCAUCACGGAGGGCUCCCGGUUUGGCGAGUUCGUGAAGCUUGCCUCCACGAACAAUACGGUUCUCUUCAACCUCAUCUUUUCCGGCCUGUGGUUCUACGCCUACAACGAGCUGGCCACCUUCACCAUCAAGAAGACCAAUGCAGUGACCUCUUCCGUGGCGAACACCGCGAAGCGCGUCAUCGUCAUUGUGGGUGUGGCGCUGGUUAUGCACGAGAGCUUGUCCCCGCUGAAGCUUGCAGGAUGCACGGUUGGCAUUGGCGGCGUGUUCCUGUACUCUGUCAUCGACGACCUGCUCAAGAAGAAAUGAGGGUCAGUCACCCUCCACAGCCGAUCUUUUUUGACGAUUACUUGGGACAUUUUGAGUCUUGGCAUAUCAGUGGCAGAUUGCUUCGUCAUAUGAUGUCUGGCUGCAGUUUUGACUGGGG